AUGCAGCUGUUCACGGCACCCAUACAGCUCGGCGCAGACUCGUUCGCUCUCGACCCAGCCAUCCGGGACCGCGUACUGCUGCCUCUGACGCUCAUUGUGAUCCUCUCGGGCGUACUGCGACAUGUCUUAACCCUCCUCGUCGCGACACCGCCGAAGCCGCAACCCCUACUGGCCGUCAGAGAACAACGCGCCAUCACGCGCGGCCAGCUCCUCCGCUUCAACUCCUCACACCUCCCUCCCUCCUCCUUCCUCGCCCUACGCUCCUCCCUCUCGCAAGCCUACAUUAACGGCUCGUUCCUCAAGGCUCCUCCGCCCAAACCUUCCGCCGAUGGAGUCCCGCCAAACCCGUUUGAGGACCCAGCGCAACUGGAGCAGAUGAUGGAGGGAUUGCAGGACAUGAUGAAGAAGCAGGCGGUCGGGUUCGUCCCUCAGAUGGCGACGAUGUACCUCGUGAACCGCUUCUUCACCGGCGCCUUGAUCGCCCGAAUUCCCUUUCCCCUCCCCCUCAAAUUCGGAGACCUCCUACAACGGGGCGUCCAACUCCUCCCCUCUCCCUCCGGCUCGACUCCCUUCGUAGCAGACGCAAGUUGGUGCUCCACAAGCAGUUGGUAUUUCCUGUGCAUGUUCGGCAUCGGACCGGUCUACCAACUCUUGCUGGGUAACAACAGCUCCGCAGCAGACCCCGCAGCCCUCGCUCCCCCUCCACCAACCAUGCCCGGCGCCCCCGCGCAGGACAUGACCAAGAUUUUCAGGGCCGAGAGGGAGAACCUGGAUAUUGUUGAGUACGAGUGGGUGUGCGAAGGCGUCGAGGAGAGACUGUUGGAAAGGUUCGGGAGGGCGAAGGCCUAG